CUUUCUUUAUGUUCUUAGCUGUUUCGGCUAAUGAACCGUCGUACAUCGGUUUGGGUUCAAAGUUAUUAGCCGCUGAACCCAACCGGGCAUGGGUUUCUCCAAAUGGUACUUUCGCAUUCGGAUUUACCCGGUCCGACCUAACCGACCGGUUUAUACUCGGUAUUUGGUUCGCCCAACUUCCCGGCGAUCGAAUCAUCGUUUGGUCUCCAAACAGUCUAUCACGACGUUUAUAAUAAAAAAUCCUAAUAAUCUAAAAUAUAGAGACCAUCCAGUCACAAAAGGAGCAAACUUGGAGCUAGAUAUCACCGGAAAUCUAGUCCUCUCCGACCAAACCACCGUCUUCUGGUCCUCCAACACAUCGAACCGCGGCGUGGAAUCAGCCGUCAUGUCCGAAUCCGGCAACCUCUUCCUCCUGGUCGGAUCCACCGCCACCACUACGUCACCUCGUCCGCCGAUAUGGCAAAGCUUCUCUCACCCUUCCGACACUCUCCUCCCGAACCAGCCCUUAACGGUCUCUCUCGAACUCACCUCACCCACUCGAAAUGGCCAUUACUCUCUCAAAAUGCUCCAACAACACACUUCUCUUACGCUCGGUUUAACUUACAGUAUCAAUAACCCUCGCGCGAACUAUUCCUAUUGGUCCGGACCUGAGAUUUCCAAUGUUACCGGAGAUGUCACCGCAGUUUUAGAUGAUUCGGGGAGCUUCAUGAUUCUGUACGGAGAAUCUUCCGCAGGAGCAGUGUACGUUUACAAGAAUGAAACGGAGGAUAACCGUGGUUAUAACAACGACAACAACAACAAUACGGAUAAUCUCCGAUUUUCUGGUAAACCGGUUCUCAGGAGAUUGGUAUUGGAGAGCAACGGUAAUCUCCGGUUAUACAGGUGGGACAACGACGUCAACGGUUCACGGCAAUGGGUGGCAGAGUGGGCAGCUGUUUCGAACCCGUGUAACGUGGCUGGUAUUUGUGGUUACGGGGUAUGUAGUUUGGACCGGUCCAAGAAAAAUGCAGAUUGCUUAUGCUUACCAGGUUCAGUUAAGCUCCCUAGCCAAGAAGACGGCAAUGUGUGUUCAGACAACUCGUCAUUGGUUCAAGAAUGCCAGAAUAGUGACCGUAACGGCACAUUCAAGAUCUCGACGGUCCAAGAAACAAACUAUUAUUUCUCGGAACGCUCAGUCGUAGCAAACUACAGUGAUAUGGAUAACGCAAGCAGGUGUGGAGAGAUGUGUUUGAUGGACUGCAAGUGUUUGGCUUCAGUGUACGGUCUAGAUGAUGAGAAACCAUAUUGUUGGAUCCUAAAGAGUCUUGAUUUCGGAGGAUUCAAAGAUCCCGGUUCGACCCUUUUCGUGAGAACAAGGGCUAAUGGAUCAAAGUCUUAUAACAAUCACCCGAAAUCCGAUGGAAAUGAUGAAGUGAAGGAGAAGGUUUUGGUGAUUCCUAUAGUUGUGGGGAUGGUGGUUCUCGUUGGAUUACUUGGCUGCUUAUUGUAUUACAAUUUGGACAAGAAGAAGAAGAUGAAAAGAUCUAUGAACCCUCUGAUCCUCAGUGAUUCUCCAGUUAACUUCACUUACCGCGAUCUACAAAUCUUUACCGACAGUUUCUCCCAACUCCUCGGUGCAGGGGGAUUUGGGAGCGUAUACAAAGGGAGUCUAGCAGGAGGAACGCUGGUUGCGGUGAAGAAGCUAGAGAGAGUGCUGUCGCACGGAGAAAGAGAGUUCGUCACUGAAGUGAAUACAAUAGGUUCGAUGCAUCACAUGAACCUUGUUCGCUUGUGUGGUUACUGCUCUGAAGGAUCACACCGACUUCUCGUUUACGAGUUCAUGAAAAACGGGUCGUUGGACAAAUGGAUAUUCCCCACGGGCACGAGCCGGACAAGGUUGUUAGACUGGCAAACACGUUUCAGUAUCGCAGUAGCAACGGCGCAGGGGAUCGCAUACUUCCAUGAGCAAUGCCGGAACAGGAUCAUACACUGCGACAUAAAACCCGAGAACAUCUUACUCGACGAUAAUUUCUGCCCCAAGAUAUCGGAUUUCGGGCUGGCGAAACUGAUGGGAAGAGAGCAAAACUCGCACGUUGUGACGAUGGUGAGAGGGACGAGAGGGUAUUUGGCUCCCGAGUGGGUGAGUAAUCGGCCGAUUACAGUGAAGGCCGAUGUUUAUAGCUAUGGAAUGCUUCUUCUGGAGAUUGUCGGCGGAAGAAGAAACCUUGACAUGUCCUUUGAUUCUGAAGAUUUCUUCUUUCCCGGAUUAGCUUUCAAGGAAAUGAGCAAGGGGACAGCCAUGGAAGCUGCGGACAGGAGACUUAAAGGAGCAGCGGACGAAGAGGAAGUAACGAAAGCACUGAAGGUAGCAUUCUGGUGCAUACAAGACGAGGUGGGGAUGAGGCCAUCGAUGGGGGAAGUGGUGAAGCUUCUAGAAGGUUCUGCUGACGACAUAAACGCUCCGCCGAUGCCGCAGACGGUGAUAGAACUCAUAGAAGAAGGUCUGGAAAAUGUUUACAGGGCGAUGAAGAGAGAGUUCAAUCACCACCUUAUGAGUUCUUUCACUGUUAAUACCACCACCACCUCUGCCAGUUCCCUUUCUCAUGCUACUUGUAGUCACUCUUCCAUGUCUCCUAGGUAGUUUUUUUUAAGUUAUGUCAUAACGACAACGAUAUUUUUUCUUCUGUGUUUAUAACUUUUGAUUUUUUUUUC